GGGUCCUGCUUCCGCUAGCGGUGGUUCCGGAGGGCAGGGGUGUGACCACCGAGAAGGUUUUAAAAGUGAAAUCAGAGGCAGGCACUCCGAGGUUCCGAACCCCAGAAUCCUUACGGUGGCUUCAGCCUCUGCCUGCCCUCCAGGCUAGUUUGCUCAGGCUGGCCCUCCCGCGCCCGGCCUCCUGCCUCCCUGUCCUGGGACCAGGUUUCUCUGUGCUCUGUUGCCAUUGGGAGCAGAGAGUUCUUUGUGGCGUGCGUUCUGUGCAUUGUAGGAUGGGUAACGGCAUCCCUUGCCUCUACUGCACUAGAUGCCCGUGCCACCCCGCUCCCCAGUUGUGAUAACCAAAUCUGUCUCCAGACGUUCCCAAAUGACCUGCGGUGGAGCAAAGUCGCCUGCAUUGAGAACCACCGCCUGAGAACAAGUUCAGAGCCUUGUUUCCUUGUCGCGUGGCUGGCCUCCUGUUUUCCUUCAGCCCUCAACUGGAGUGGUGACUCCUUCUUGUACGUGGUCCCCACGAUGAUGAGCUCCAUGGUGGCAGGGUUCUUGGGUCUCUUGUUCCUCACCAUGCCCUCCAGCACCUACACCAGGGUGGGACAUUACACCGGAGUGGAGCGGAAGAGUGUUCUCCAGAAACGGCCUCCAGCAUGGCUUCAGAAAUUGGGACCCAGGGCUGUCAUAAUUCGGUUCAUGUGAGACCAUUUCUUCUUCUUCCGCCACCCUUAACUCCAGCUAACAUCAGGAUGGAGCAAUUACCUAGGAAGUGGGCUUGCUGGUAGGUCAUCUGGGGACCAUCUAGAAGCUGCGGGUCACGUGUGUAUUCUGAAAGAUGCCUUGGACUUUGAAAGCCCAUCCGAAAUCUCCAGCUUCAUCAAGGCUGAGAGCUUGGAGGCAGCUAUGGCUCUUCAUCUAUAUAGAGGGGGUAGACUUUUGCCAGGUCAUGGAAUUCCUUUUGGAAUCAUCUUUGGUGGAACUGAUUUAAAUGAAGACGUUAAGCAGGGAGAAAAAAACAAAGUGAUGGGAAAAGUCCUAGAAGAAGCCAGAUUCGCUGUCGCUUUCACGGAGUCAAUGAAGGAAACGGCACAAAGGCAGUGGAAAUACAGAAAGCAAGACAGAUCUCAUUGGCUGUCACAUGCCCGUUCAUGGCACAGGGGAGCUCAAAAGGCUGAUCCACAUGCUAAGGAUAAGAUCUAUGUCCAGAGUCAAGGAAUUGCAACAGUGCCGAGCACCACCUUUAACUGGAACACCUUCCUUCAGCGUUCAGAGAUUAACCAAAGUGCUGACAAUCUACACGUGUUUCUCCUGAUCUGUGGGCUCCGAGAAGUGAAAGACCCUCUCUAUUUGGUGGAUGCGUUCUCAGAAUGGCAUCGAGAGGAGCCCAACGUUUACAUGGUUAUCGUCGGUCCUGAAGUUGAUCCAGUGUUCACAAGGGAAGUAAAAGCCAAAGUAAAGAGGACCGCUGGGGUACGAUUGAUCGGGGAGAUGGCUCAGGAAGACCUCCACGCGGUCGUGAAGAAUUGCUUCGCGGUGGUGAAUAGCUCUGUCUCUGAAGGCAUGUCAGCCGCAAUCCUGGAGGCAAUGGAUUUGGAAGUCCCUGUGUUGGCAAGGAACAUCCCCGGGAACGCGGCAGUGGUGAAGCACGGAGUUACAGGAUUGCUGUUCUCCAGCCCUCAGGAGUUUGUUCGGCUGGCAAAGAGACUGGGGGGCGAUCCGGCGUUAGAAAAACAAAUCGUGGCCAACGGAAGGGAGUAUGUGAGAAUGUAUCAUUCGUGGCAGGUGGAGAGAAACACCUAUGGGCACCUGGUCAGGAUGCUGGAGGGAAGCAGUGAGGACUAAGGGCGUGCCUGGUGCCGUGAGAUGCUCAGCCCUGGGCAGACACCCAGGGACAGGGCUCUGGGCAGAGGGGCCAUCCAGUCGAAAUCAAGCCGGGUUCAUUGGAACCGUAGAUUUAUUUGCCCUAAGACGAUUCAUCCAGAACCCCUCUGUGCUUCCAGGUAACAGCCCAGAUGUGUUUCCUGAUCAGUCCUCGUGGAGAUGCAGUACUAAUUGGGGCAGGGUAACUGGUUUUAAGGGGCAUCAGGGAGAGAGUUUGAUUAGCUGCUUUAGGACUUCUAGGGACAGUAGGGGCUUAUUUGUAAGCCGUCACAGGGAAGGGUAGGCCCCUCUCCCCUGUCUUCUGAUGACCUGUAACCCAUCACUGUCUGUUCAAAGAGCAAAAGCAAAAACGAGACGUGUUGGCUGAGAGGGGUACUGGCAGCGAUUAUAAUGUGGUACAGACCCUAAGGCCGAUCUGGGGCCCCGACAGAUGUGCGGCCGGGCCCCCAGGCUCUGCAGGUUUCCUCCCCUACACACUGGAAACAGUGCUAUGCAUGAGUUGGCCUACUCAGUCAGGCAACUGAAAGAGCGGGCGGCGCCCUGAAUGAGCAGGCCGACCCCUGCUCCCCCCACAGGCUCCACCCGCCUCCCGGUUGAAUUUGGCUUGAAGACCAGUUGGAACAAAGCCCAUUAUCGCCCAUGGCCUGGAAAAUACUGGAGCCUGGCUCUUUGGGUCCAGCAUCAGGGACCCAGCGUCAGGGACCCAAGGACGAGUGUCGAUCUGGUCACCAGCCUCCAGCCCAUCGCAGGACCGGCACUCGGGUCCCCUUGACCGUAUCCAACACGGGGCGAGUUUAACCAAGUGUCGUCAUCACUGUAAAGAUGUCCUGGCUGCACCGGUGCUGCAUCCCCCAAACCCGCUGCUUGUUUUCCUUGGUGGUGGUAUUUGCCUCUGUUGGAUCCUGAAAUCCCUGCUUUCUCAUGGACCUUCCAUGACAACAACUGGGGGUGAAAUGCUCCGUUUCUCGUGUGAGGUGAGGAAACAACCAGCUCCAGGAGGAGAUGAAGCCGGCUCCAAGCCCGUCAGAAGUGUUUCCUUAGUGUUUGUUCCAACAGCUGCAGACCCUGGAGUGGGGAGGGGGGAUCCACGCCAGCUUUGCCUCAGACUUCACGACACCUUGGACUCUUUUCUUUCCAACCAUCCUACUCUUGUGAACGACCAGACCUACAUCUUGUUUUUAAAAGAGUAAGCCUCAGACCGAACAUCUUAAACUCUAAUGACUUGGGGAUAAGAACAGCACAUUUAUGGAUUCUGUGCCGUGUCACUUCCUGUGUCGUUCUGCGCCUCAACCUCAGAACAGGAUCCCUUCCCAAAGGCAGUUGCCUGGAACCCGAAGAUGCCCCUCGCACCCAAGAUUUGCUGUUCCGCUAACAGUACCCCUCACGGUCCCCCCUUUUUUGGUCGGGGCUCCCCUGUGGCCAUAGCGAAGAGCGGGCGGGAGAAACAGAGUCCAAACUCGAGGUGGACAGCUUCAUCUGAGUCUGGAAGCAGCGAUGCCAGCCUCAGAAAAGGCCGCGUGUUGUCCCGGGCACCAACCAGUGAUGGUGCUGUUGAUAAAAUGCUGGUGGUCUGGAAGCUCCGCUCUCGUCCUGGUUGAAUGACAUGGUAGGCGCUUCGCUCCAUGAACCUCAGCCUCGUUCAUUCGUGUCUUUAUAGAAACACUCACACAUGCUGCAUGCCCUUUGGGGAAGGGCACGUUGUUUUUAAAUGAAUAAAGUGUCACCAUCCGCUCUAGAGAAAGAGCCCCUGUGUGUUUCUUUUGUGAGCCUUGUUCUGCAAGAAACAGACC